GAUGAAGAAGCAAUCGCAUGCUUAGAGACGAACGAGCAGUAACCUCUCCUCCUCCUCCUCCUCCUCCUCUCCCUCUCGAGAUUGCAAGCAUUUUAGGUGAAUUUAGUUUCCGCCGCGCGCGUUCCUGUCGUCCGCUGAUUCUCUGGUUUCGAUGUCGGGUUUUUUGAUUUGAUUCUCCCGGUUGGCGGAACGUAGGAGUGGGUUUGUUUCGUGAACUUUGCAGUGGUUAAAAAUGCACGAUUGCAAACGUAAGACAUGGCCCAUAUCCACCUAUUGCUUUUGUAUUUAGAUUCAGGGUUUCUUCCGUGCCCACAGUUCGGAUUCACUCUGAAUUAGUGAUAUUUGGAAAAGUGUAGCGAUGGAAGGCUGGGCCAACAAGGACUGUGAGCAAAGUUCAGUGGAUGCUACAAACACCGAUGAACCUAGCGAUGCGGUGAAAGAAAGAUCUAGAGAUCAGAGACUGGCUUUCCCCGGUGACCCGAAAUGUGUGAUGUGUGGCCGCUAUGGUGAAUACAUAUGUGACGAGACAGAAGAUGAUAUUUGCAGCUUGGAAUGCAAACGGACUCUGCUAAGCAGGAUUAGUAACUCUUCCAGAGGUGGUCAUACAUCUUUAAAGAAAUUACCGACAGUUGAUGAGUGCUUUUAUGUUAAAGAUGGCAAUGAUAAAACCGGAUCUCAGUCUUUACCUAGUGACCAAUCUGAAGUGCUUAGGAAAAGACUUGGCAUCCAUGUGAAGGGAAAUUCAAUUCCUGCACCCAUCUUGUCUUUCGCCUCUUGCCCCCUUCCGCAGAAGCUUCUAGAAAAUAUUGAAUCUUCUGGCUAUGAAAUGCCCACUCCCGUGCAGAUGCAAGCAAUACCUGCGGCUCUGACUGGCAAAAGCCUGCUUGUUUUGGCUGAUACAGGGUCAGGGAAAACCGCUUCCUUUUUGGUUCCUUUAAUUACAUAUUGUGCAAAUAACAGCCUGCAGAACUCUUCAAAUGGGAGAAGGCCUCGUGCUAUUGUAUUGGAACCAACUAGGGAGCUCUGUAUACAAGUUGAGGAGCAAGCAAAGAUGCUUGGCAAGGGUUUGCCUUUCAAAACUGCACUCGUCGUCGGAGGUGACCCUAUGGCUGGACAACUGUAUCGCAUCCAGGAAGGAGUUGAAUUGAUAGUGGGGACUCCAGGAAGACUUAUUGAUCUAUUGACCAAGCAUGACAUUGAGCUGGACGACAUCAUGAUUUUCGUUUUGGAUGAGGUGGAUUGCAUGCUUCAGCGGGGCUUCCGUGAUCAGGUGAUGCAAAUCUUUAGGGCAUUAUCACAGCCCCAACUGUUGAUGUAUUCAGCAACAAUCUCUCCGGAAGUUGAGAAGAUGGCAGGAACCAUGGUCAAAGAUGUAACUGUUGUCUCUGUUGGCAAGCCCAAUACUUCAAAUAAGGCAGUGAAGCAUAUAGCUAUCUGGGUGGAGACAAAGCAAAAGAAGCAGAAACUUUUCGAUGUGCUGAUGAGCAAGCAGCAUUUUAAGCCACCAGCAGUGGUGUACGUGGGUUCUAGACUUGGUGCAGAUCUGCUAGCUGAUGCAAUAGCUGUUAAGACUGGAAUGAAAGCCUUAUCAAUGCAUGGGGAGAAGUCUAUGAAGGAGAGGAGAGAAAUCAUGCAGUUAUUUUUUAUGGGAGAAUGCCCUGUCAUUGUUGCAACUGGAAUUUUAGGUCGGGGAGUUGACUUGUUGGGUGUGAGACAGGUGAUAAUUUUUGACAUGCCAAAUUCAAUUAAGGAAUAUGUCCACCAGGUUGGGAGGGCAUCUAAAUUAGGUGAGGAGGGUACGGCAGUUGUUUUUGUGAAUGAGGAGAAUAAGAAGGUGCUCCCUGAUUUGGUUGAACUUCUAAGAGCUUCCAGUGCACCUAUUCCUCGGGAGCUCCUUAAUUCACAAUACACAAGGAGUGUUGCUUCUGCUGGCAAGGGGCAGAAAAAGAGGAAGCAACGUUACUAAGGUUUUGAUCUUUAUUUUCUCAAGCUGCUUUUUACCAAACUAUUUAUGCAGUCCUUUCUUUUACUGGAAUUGUAUUCUCCGUUAUGGUAAUAAAUCAUUUACAAGUUGAGGAAAUUUGAUAAAUAAGGUAAAAGGAUACCAAUUUAAUUACCUUUUAAAACUUCUUCUAUCUGCGUUCCACUAGAACAGCGCUUUAUAUUUAUGGUAGAACUUCCUAGUUUUAUGCUUGAGUGCCAUUUCUGUGCUGAGUUAGAGAGGCCUUGUACGUUGGUCUACAUUAGUAAUUCAUGGAUGACAUAAACAGAUAGCAAAGUGUAAUCAUUGAAAAAUUUAUUUAAUGAAGACUUCUCAAGGUUAUGUAUGCCAUGGCAUUUUAACUUCCCACGGUUAGCAUAUAAUUGUAAUUUAUCAUUAUGGAGAACCUUCUUUUAAUUUUGAAGGCAAGUUUUUAGGAUGAAAAGUACCUGAGGCUAUUCUACCAUAAUAUACUGGUACUGUUACUGACCAGAGAUGUAGAGCCUGAUUUGAGAUUCUGUUGGACCUACCUGUUUUCAUUGAUUUUAGUUUUGCCAGGACACAUGAUAGAAGUAUCAGCUGUUCAUAAUAUAAUUGAGAGACAGCGACCGCCUGUGUUUAGGAUGAGUUGAAUCUAUCAGAAAGGUUAUGUGCAAUGAGUUUCUAAAUUACUGGGCAUGUUGCUGAUAACAGAAACUAGUUUGUUAUCAUCCAGGCAUCUUCCAUUCCUAGUUGUGUCAGAACACAUUGUCUUUGUGCGGCUGAAGUGCCGCAAAAUCAGUAUUUACAUUAAAACUGAAUGUCUUUAGGUGAGUGCUUUUCAGGAACAAAAAGAUCAUAUGGCAGCAACUCAUCAUGCGGACAAGAUGUCACUAGUUACGAAAGAUGGGCAAAAUAUGGUGGUAUGUUUCUCUUGCUUAUUUUUCUGCUUGUUCAUCAGGAGAGGUUAUCAUCUGUAAACCAUGUUUCCCAUACGGGGGGGGGGGGGUGUCAAAUGGUUUUGACACAGCUACGAACAUCAAUUUCAAUGAAUCUUUGUCUCCUUGUGCGUUGUAACAAUUUUCAAGUCCCUUGAUCUUCUCUCUCUGCAAUAGCUCUUCAGGAUCCUCUUAGUUUCUCUGAAAGGUUGCUGUGAUUUUCUUGGAUCACUUCAGUUGCCUGGGAAAUGCUAAACAUCUAAGCUGGUACAAUAAUUUCUCCUGAGCUGUGCCGCAACUGGUCCUGGGUGUCUACAUUAUAUGGGGAGACGAACUGUAAUGGCAUGUUUAGGGUGCUUUUUUACUUCAAAGAAAAAAGAUUGCCUCGACAAGAGGGUGCCCUUAAAUCAGGAUCAUUGCGGCGGCAUCAAUGGCAAACCAGCUGCUAGCCUUGAUCUGUCUGUGCCACUGGGGGCUGAUUCCUUGGUAUUCACUGAUAAAUGGCAAGAUCGUCUUUCCUGGGAUAGCUGCAGAUUGUGCUGUGUGGCGACAGCAUGAAUGUCAUGUGAAGAUGACAAAUAUACUAAUGCUUUACAGAGAAUUACGCCGUCCCUACUUUUUGUAGUCCUUAUUUGAGGUCUCAAGGGAUGCGGAUGACUAGCACUUGAACUCAAGCGAUGUUCGUGUUUUGUAUUGGAUUGAAGGAGGAGCUGGAAAUUGAUCAGUCUUUCAAAACUCUUUACAGAAAGCAGCAGUGAAGUUAAUCAAUGAAAAUUCGAUGUGAAUUUUACUUCAAA